AUGGUAGAAGAAGAAGAAGCAGAUCGAGAGCUCAUUGGUAAGUAUUUCACAAUAAUUUCAGCGCAAUCUGAAAUUUCAGAGCUUCUGGACAAGUAUUCGCACGACGCGCCGAGCAGCUUUUUCGAGUACGAGCCGACGAAAGAGUCGACUACGGUGCGGACGCAGCAUUUUGCGUUGAAGAGCAUUGUGAGCUUUCCUCAUCGAAAUUUACCGUGAAUUUGCGCUCAGGUAAGUCAGCUCCGCAUUCCAAUCAACACAGAAGCGGAAGCGGUAACCAAAUGGAUCGUCUACAAACAAUCGGGACCUCAUCGGCAUCAGAAGUUCUUCGGACACUUUAGGCACAUGAACAGACUGCUCCGCAAGUACAACGACAUGGCUCUGGUCAAGAGAUUGAACGGUGUACUCAAAGUGAGCAAUUUGGAGGCGUUCCCGUUCAAUGUUUCGUCUUCAGAAAGCGGAAAACUGCGGUGACGACCUCUACCUACUCAGUCCGUCGGCACUUAGGUACAUGGGAUGUGCCUACGUGGCAAGAGUGUACCGGCUCGAAAGGAUCCGAGAAACCGCCGUGAACUGCGCGGACGGAGCGAUGGGACUGCUCGAACUGGAGCACUGGACCAAUCUCUGUCUCGUCAUCGUCGCCGUCUGCGCUCAAGUUCAUUCGGAGGUCGUCGCACAGCUUCUGGAGAUGGAAAAGACGUACAAAACGGGGGCGGGAGUGUUCCGGACGGUGGACGCGAAGUUUCCGUUUGCCUUAGGCGAUCUGAAGGUGGCGGAGAAGCUGAAGAAAGAUUCGGGAGCUUUCGACAAUCGAAAAGUCAAUUUUGCGGCGGUCAGUCGACUGUUAAAAUACAGUGAGCAGAAGAUGGAGGAUGCGCAGACUGAGAUUGAGAUGAAGGUGAAAAGGUAAGAAAGAAUCAGUCUAGGGAAUCUCUGAAACAACUCAAAUAUUCUCAGAAGCGAAGUGCUCACGGAGCUCCUUUCCACAGAGCUCGAUUUGACGCCAACUGCCCCGAGAAAAGCCGUUCUUCCAACGCCCACGCCCACAAUCGACAUGACCGAUCUAGGAAUUUCUAUUUCUCGAGAAGACCUAAGUUUUCUCAACUCAACAGGUAUUUUCAUGCCUUCUCAACUAAAAAUGUAUAUUUCUAGUCCAAUCGGCCUCGACGACAAUUCUGGAAGACGUCGACGAAGGCGAGGACGAUAUUCUAAUGUCGCCCAAUCUGUUCGCCCCGAAAAACGCUAGAAAGAAAAGAAAAAUGGAGAAAACGCCGAAGAAAAUCCCGAAAGCUUCGUUUCUGGCGUCUACAAUAAGCCUUUUGGAUGAUAAAAGUGAAAGGAAAAAGAAGAAGAAACAAUUGAAAAAAAUCUUAUAA